AUGGCAACGUCCGAUGGUGAGCGUCGAGCCUUCGGCUAUGCACAGCCGCCAGCCUCUGCAGCACCUGUAAGUGCCAGGUUAGUCAAUGCACCGGCAGGUGGUGGAAGGGACGCUGAGCAGCCCAGCUUGAGUAUGGGAGGUAACAGUGUGAGCUCUGCAACCGGAGGGCCUGUGUUGCGGAAGAAGCUCUUUGACCAGAAUGUGUCAGACUGGGCCUCCAGAUAUCGCAAGCACAAGCAAAGCCUUGACCAGAUAACAAGAGAUUGCGACGUACUCCGUUCAGAGGUGUCCAAACACCAGGCAGAGGUGAAUGAUCGUGCACAGAAGAUGGCAGACUUGGAGGACAAGUAUGAGAACCAGACUUUGACAAAAUUUGCUGAAAUCAAGGCUGCUCUUGAACUUGCAGGGCAGCGAAAGCAGCAAUUUGCUUUAGAAGUGGGAGAAGCACGAAAGCUGAAGACACAGCUUGGCAAGGAAUGCAAAUUAUUGAAGGCAGAUUAUGAAAGAAAACAUUCGGAGCUUGCCCGCGGAGCGGAAACACGGGAUAGGUUGGAGCAGCAGUUGAUGAGUUACACCCAGCAACUGAAUCAGGUCACCAGCGAGCGUCAGAGGUUGGAAAAGGAGUUGGAGUUGGUACAACACAACCUGCGCCAACACACAGAGCUUGCAGACGAGGCACACAGUGAGAUUGAGCGAACUUGCGGCGGCAUCAAGGAUUCCGUCCAACAUCACAUGGCAACAUCUUUGCGUCUUCAGCCUCUUGAGCAAGAUGAAAGCAGUCCAGAGAUGGCGUCAAGGUGA